UAGUUACUAUGAUGCUGCAACUCAGGUUCUUGCAAAAUAUGGUGGUCCCCAUUUCUAUUAUACUAGGCAAUGGAUGGAAUUAGGCAGAUCUCAUCACACAUGAAUCAACAUUUGAACAUUAGAGCCAUGAAAUAGAUUGGGUUCACUUUGAUACCCUUUGAAAGAGAUAGACCUCAUCUUCACUCUGCAAAUUAGAGAUAACUCUUUAAUCAAGCCAAUAUCCAAUCAGAAUAUGUCGUCAGAAAAUCAUGAUACAUUUUCUGCCUGAAGUACCAAACUUUCAUAUCACAUUUAAAACCCUAUAGAAUCUCAUGAAGUUACAACUGUGAUUCUAUAUAAAUUAAAGAAAAAAUCAACUAUUUAAAAUCAAAUGUGAUAGUCAGAGGAGAGUUUGACGAGCUGUUAGGAUCCAGGGUAAAUUGAUUUUCUCAUACUGGAGACAGUUCAAAGUAUGGUUUAAUAUCACCUGCUCAAAUUGGUCUGAUUAUAUACAGACAAAUUGGAGGAUUGAACACACAAAAUAUACAAGUGGUAAUAAGUAACACCAUGGAAACUAAUUGUGUAACCAUAGCAACAGAAAAAAUGGAGUCAAACGCAAUGCAGAACAGACUUAGAAGACGAUACAUUAGGAAUAUAAUGGUAUUGAGUGUGGGAUGCAUGUUGACCACGAUGCCCAUAUUUGGACUGAGGAAUCUUCAAAGUACACUCAAUGCCAAAAACAAUGUAGGAAUUAUCUCACUUUGUCUCAUGUACGCAUCACUUGCAAUUGGAUACUUAAUUGUAGCAGCUAUCAGUCAGAAAAUGGACAUCAAGCGGGCAAUUGUGACCUCCAUGGUCAUACUCCUGGCCUACCCUGUGGCUAAUAUGUACCCCUUCAAUUAUAUUCUCUACCCUGUGUCAUGUUUGGUAGGAUUAGCUUCAGCACUAUUAUGGGUCUGCAAAACGACCUAUAUUUCCAGUACAGCUAUUGUUUACGCUGUAGCAACGGGGAAACACAUAGACAAUGUGGUGUGUGUUUUUAACGCAGGAUUCAAUGUAGGAUACGGCAUUCUAUUCCAAUGUGGUCGCAUAAUGUCCAACCUUCUAUCAAGCAUUGUACUUAGUUUCUCAAUGCAAUUUCCAUUGAACAAAUCCGAUGACUAUUUACUACUAAACUGGGUUCCUGUUGCUAUGGAAACAGACAAUGAAACCAUAGUGACCAAUACAACAUUCAACAGUUUUGACUACAGUCUGACAUGUCCUAUUAAUGUAACAUAUCUGAACAACAUUACUGAAUAUACCCACCAAUACUCAAUGAGACUAUCAUUCACUGUAGAGGCCCUGCAAGUGCUCUACCUGACAUGUUCUUUGAUAGGAAUCAUUCUCACUAUGUGCUGUUUGGAUAAACUUGAUAUGGUCUUCAACAGGUCCAAAGUUGGCCUGAAACAACAGCUAAAGGCAAUAUUUAGUCACCUUGGCAACAGAUGGAUGUUGUUAUUGACGACAAUUAUGUUUUAUCUUGGGGCACAAGAGGCAUAUCUAUUUGGAACUUUCACAAAGGAUGGCAUAAGUUGUUCAAUGGGAAGUCACAUGGUUGGUUUCUACAUGGCAACCUACAUCAUCUUGGAGAUUGUUGCUAUGUCAGUGAGUCAGCCCUUGGAGUCAAUGUUUGGUGAUGCUGCCAUAACAACCCUAGGCAUAAUUUGCCAGAUUUCCACAUUAACUUGGCUGUUGCUAUGGCAUUCGGUGGCUGAUAUUGUCAUGGUGAUGUUUGGUCUUGUGGCACUAUGGGGAUUCACCAAUGGCAUUUGGUUGACCAAACUAACAGGAAUGUCCAGUAAGAUGUUUCCCAAGGACCGCUGGGCCACACUGACGCUGCUACGUCUGGUUGAGGGUCUAGGGCUAUGUACUGGAUUCUCAUUCUCUUAUGCCUUUGUGCCAGAGACGCAGCUCUACAUUCUGGGAGGACUGUUACUACCAGCCUCUGUUGCAUUUGUCACUGUUAAUUUCUAUAAGAUUCCUAAUGCAGAGCGAAUGACAUUAGUCUGACAAAAUACUUUUACUGCAAUACCAUUAUUCUGGCAAAAACUUUCCAAAGGAUUGUC